AUGAGGAUCCAGAGCAUUGUGUCCUGGUUUGCCCAUGUUUUCCUGGAGCCAGGGACAUACGUCUUCAGGGAUAACGUCGUUGAGGAGCGGAUCUUGAUUGUGGUUGUGAACAACAAAGGAAUGGGCUGUGAUCCUCUCAUGGCUCCCUUCCAGCCUUCCUCCCCAUACCAGCUGUCCCGGCAUGGGGUCCUCAAACACCAGGUGUUGAACGUGGCCCCAGAUUGGGCCGCUGUUGCAGUGGUGCUGACGGUUCUUGCCAUCGCCCUGAAGCGCCCCAGCUCUGCCCCGAACCCCAUGAAGUGUUGGAAGCCACGCUGGAGGAGCCUGGGGGAACCACAUGUCCCUCCGGAAUAUGUGCUCAUUAAAGAGAGCCUCCAGUUCUAUGAAAUGCUUGGGCCCCGAGGAUCUGGCGAAGAACCCGACAUUGGAGAAAGAGGGUUUUGUGGAUUCGGAGACCGGCGUGCAAUAAAAGACCUGGAAGAUUUCAGCGUCCGCACUUUGUACGACAAACUGGAAGACCAGAACCUGCACCUCGUGUCUCAGCUGGCAAAACACCGGACCGACGUCACCAUCUUUUACCAAGGGGUCCACCAGAAGAUCCAGAGUCUGGUGAAUCACCCUCCCGUCACCCUGCUGCAGCAGCAGCUCCAGCGACCGGCCGGCGCGGUUUCCUCCUGCGCGCCUGAACGCCCCAGUCCGGGCGCGGGGGUGGCCGGAGUCCCGGACCUGGUGCAGUCGUUGGAUGUGGGGCAACUGAAGGGCCUAGAAGGGGCAAAACUCUUCAUGGAGAAAACAGCUCAGGUCAGCAUCAGCCCAGCCAAGGAGAUCCAGCAGGAUGAGAACCCCCCUGCCAAAGUUCCUGGAAUCUUGCAAACAAUGGGCUACUCCGGUGCUGAGUGGCAGGAGGCAACAGAGCUGAUGAAAGUCCUGGGAAUGCUGCUGCGCAAACUCCAUGGUGGGAAAACUGUGAAACAAGAAACUGCGCCAGGACGUGAUGGGGCUGUGGGCUUUGGUCUGGCUAUGCAUGAGCAAGCUGUACUACAGCAGAGAUACCAAGACACUGGCUUGCUGCAACAGCAUGUGCUGUCCAGUGGAAAAGGGGCCUCCAUUAGUUCCCAUGGCUUUGAUGACAAAGGGCUGGAUCCACAGAUUCAAAAGAACAUUGUGGGGGCAUGUCUGACUGAGCUGGAAGUGGAAGCUCUGAUAGCAACUUCUCCCCUUGCCAGGACCUUGUGUGAAAUCAAGCAGGCUUUGGAGGCCUCUCGGCAGCCCACUCACUCUCCACCUUCUCCAGGAGCCAUGUUGGACGAUAGUGGCUUCUCAGUACCUCAGAUCAAUACUGUGAUCCCCACCAACCUGGCCAGCUUGUCCCCGCGCCAUUUUGUUGUUUACCGUUUUGGCUGCACCGUGACCCACCUCCUGGGGAAAGCAUUCUCCUACCCAGCACUGGUACUUCUGUUGGCUCAGGCAGUCCCCAAGCGGGGCCCAGUCCAGGAAGACACCCCAUUUGCCAGAGAUUCCUACUAUGAUGCCAACAACAGGUUCCUGUACAUCCUGGCGUCUCACCUGGAGAAUGUCGGGGGAUUCAUAGCAAUCCUGUUGAAUGCCGUGGCAAAGAUCAAAGCAGGUCCCAAGGAAGUGAUGCCUGCUAACAGAGGCUUUUGGAAGGAGCUCAACACAGCCAUCGCAGCUCUUGCCAAUGCUUUCUUCCAGUGCUCUUGGGGAGCAGCAGAGACAGCAGAGAAGAGCCCUGUGACAAAUUACUCGCCCAUGUGCUUAGCCACUCGCUCCAUUUUUGAAGAAUUGCUGAACAUCCCAAUGUGGCCUGAUUCUCACUUCCUUGAAGACUGCCCACACAAAAGGGUGCAGCAUUACAAAGCUUUCCAGUUGCAAGCAGAGAUUCGGGAUAUAAUGGAGAGUUCAGAGCAAAAGAGAGAGGAGGGGGAGGAGAAGGAUGGCGAUGAGAGUCCGAAACAAGAAGGAGAUUCCUCUGGCUGUGAGGCCAAGAUUGCUGAGCUGGAGCAGAUGCUGGACACCUUAAAUGAGGACUUCUUUCAGCUCACGGUGCAGGCCUUGAUCACCCAGAAAGAGGAGGAACUUUUGAAGCUAGAGAUCCAAGCACGCGAGGAGCCAGACGCAUCUUCAUCUGACCUUCUUGGGGAGAAGACGGAGGACUUCUCUGAGCAACUUGAAUCCUGGACUGCUGUGAGAGAUCAAGCUCUGUUGCUGGAAAUAGAGAGGAGUUUCAUUGUACAGCGGAUCAAAAACAUUGAAUCAAAGCUCUCUAGUCUUCUGAUGAUCCGAAAUGGCUCCAAGACAGACCAACCUGAACUGUGCACCAGAUAAAAGGGCUCAGUUGACUGCAGUAUGAUCUUGCUAAAGAAAUGAGUACUUCAUUUGAAAUGUCUACUUUACUCUCUCUCAAGUAAAUAUGUUAGCAUGGUCAGGUGAGAUGCAGCAGUUGAGAAAAUUUUAAACUUCUGCAUUAAGAUAUAAUCCCAAAUGAAUGUGAGAAUUAUCAUUCAUUUUUGUGUGCUGCCUUUGUCAAAACUAUUAUUUUGUGCAUUAUUGAACAUGGUACUUUGAUACAAGACCAUUUAUAAUUCAUUGAAUGACUGUCAUCAAACGUUCAAGUGGAGGGAGCAGGGCUAGGUAGGCAACAGUGAGGCAGAGCAUUCUACAAUAAAGGUCCAUCAUGUUGAGGUCUGUGAUGGCGGAAUAUACAAUCUACUAACACCUUUUUCUGAGAAAGAGUAUAGAUUCCUUUAGGGCAUUUACAUGUACAUACAUAGCAGCACACAAAUAUCACUUUAUUGAAAACCAAUGGUCAUCACAGAGUGCCAUAAUCCCCUUUUACAGAGAUAAGUGGGGACCAGAUAUUCCAACAUCAGCUGAUCAGUAUCCAAAUUUCAUUUGAGGGUACUCCACCAUUAAAAGUAUAUUAAGUUUCUCCAUGACCAAUCUUGUUGGAGAUGUUUAUAACGAAUGUUACAAGCUCCCCUGGAAGGGACACGAACCCACAAUCCCUGGCCUAGAAAGCCAAUACCUUAUCCAUUAGGCAAUUUCCAAGCCACACAUAUGGCUUUUGCUAUCAACCCCUAUGAUACCUUUUGUCUGGACUACCUAACAACAGUCAGACUGCAUAGUCCUGUUUUGCAGUGAUUUUGCUCCUACCUUCAAGAUAGGAUCUAGAAGGAGAUGGUUACUGUACCAAUAGCCCUUGCUCUACAGUGAGUCUCCAUUUUGUCUACAAAAAGCCACCAAGAGAGGUCAGCCAGAAGUUUGAGGUGCAAUGUCUCCAGUAUGCAGGUGGUACACCAUUCUACAUUACUCUAACUGAUCCUAUAAAGAUAGUGGAGGUCCUGAAACUGUGUCUGGGGGUAAUGAUGGGCAGGAUAAGUGUGAACAAACUGAAGAUUAACACUGACAAAGUGGAGGUAUUAUUGGUUGCUUAGUUACUUGGAGCUAGCUGAACCCUGUUUACCCUGCUACAUCUUAUUUUGGCUUGUGGUUGGUUUUCACACCUAUUGUGCUAGAUGUAUUGGAGCCAAGAUACCUCAAGGGUUUCUAGCAUAAACCAGUCCACACACUGUUGCCAAUAUCCAGGGUGGAGCUUUGAAAACACCUGGAAUUACAAUGGCUUUCCAGAUUACGGAGAUCAAUUCGUCUGGAGAAAUUGACUGCUUUUGACGGUGGACUCUAUGGUGUUAUGCUCUGCUGAGGCCCCUCCCUGAAUCCCUACCCUGUCCAGGCUGCACCUCAAAAUCCCAUCUGCAGCUGGCAAUCCUAUGAGAUCAUCUCUAAUGUUUGCUUCGCUAUCCCACUGCAUUCAGAGAUUCUAUGGCAAAUAUGUGUUUUGGUGGAAGCACCGAAAAUGAUGGAAUUUGUCCCCUUGUGGAACUCAUCUGGCUUUAUUAUUAUUAUUAAUAAACUUCUGUAAAUUAUUUUGAUGCAGUUAGUUCAGCAUUGAUUGGUUUUAUCCCAUUUUUAACUUUCUAAUGUUUCCAGAAUGUUGGAUGUCAGGUCUUUUAGGCUUCAAUUGAUGAUUCUUUGUAAGCAGCUUUUGUGGAAGAAUAAAAACAGGGU